GGAGGAGCCCGCGGGGAUUCCCUUUUUCUAGGCGGCUUUUACCCUGCGCGCGCCCUCCGCAUUUGUUUCCUGGCUCGGAGCGGGGUGCAGCUGUUCUGAAGCUGGAUCUGGUUAGCAUUGACAAAGAACAAACAGUAAAUUGAGAUCUCAACAUCAUCCGGGAUAUUCUUGUAUCAUACUUUGGAAGAAGCCCCAGGUGAAGGAAUUUGAAAAAUGGGGAGGCCCAGGAAAACGUCAGACAACGUUGCAUCUCCACGACCUGCUGCUACAGCACCGAAAGCAGGUCCGGGAGCUCCUCAGUCAUCUGCCUCCUCCAGGGCAAUCCCUGCAGCCAGUGCAGACCCAACGGGUUGUGCUGCUAAGAGUGGAAGUGGCAGAGGAUCAUGCCCAGAGAAGGUAGCCUGUGCCACAAAGCCCAGAGGAGCAAGGCAGACUGGCCAGUCGAGGUCUGCAGUGGCCUACGAUGGCGAACAAGCAGAUGCAAGGAACAGCGGCGGUAGGCCAGCAGCCAAGAGUUCCACCGCAUCGGUGGGAGUGAAGUCUUCUACGUCUGCUGGCCCUUCACGGGCUGCGAGCAAAACCCCAGGCAAAGCGAGGGGCCUGCCUGCGUCCCUUCCCCCUGAAAAGGUGGCUGAGGUCGAGAGGGAAACACGGGGUCAGCGGACAAACCCCGAAUGGCACAAGUGGCGGGAGAACCGCAUCACGGCCUCCAUCGCUCCCAAGAUCUCCAACAGCAAGUUUGCAAACGGCCGGACCUCGGAAGUGCCUCAGUCGUACCUGAAGGCUGUGGUGGAACCGGGCUCUGCGGUACAGACCCCUGCCAUGUCUUGGGGUGUCCGCAAUGAGAAGAAGGCAGUGCAAGCCUAUGAAAUGCUCAAGUCUAGCACAGCAAGCAAGGCGGUGAAGGUGAAGGAUUGUGGCCUCUUCGUGGACAAAGAAAAGUCGUGGCUGGCUGCCAGCCCCGAUGGCAUUGUCCGAGAAGCGGACACUGGCAAGGAGCUUGGUGUCUUGGAGGUCAAGUGUCCCUAUAAACACAGAAAUAAGACAGUGACCGAAGCGUGCAAAGACAAAACUUUCUGCCUGGAAAAGGAGGGUAGUUCCUACUCACUGAAGAAAAACCAUCCGUACUACACCCAAGUUCAGUGCCAGAUGGAAGUCACUGGCCUAAAGAAAGCCGAUUUUGUUGUUCACACCAACAAAGAAACAGCAGUCGCCCCGGUGGAUUUUGAUCCUGUUUUUUGGGAGAAGACAGAACGCAAGCUGGAGAAAUUCUACACAGAUGCUGUGGUCCCUUAUCUGGAUGAGAAGAGCAGAUCUGCAGCCUGGGCCAAUGAAGAAUGAAGCUGGGGAGUUUCUAACGUUCUUUCUUCAGAGAUGGGCCUUCAACAGGUUACCUGUCCUUCUUUACGGUUUCUUCUCCAAGAGGACAGAAGGAGCUGUUGCCUUUGCAUCUGAACACGGCUUUGUAAAUAGAGUAGCCUAGUAGU